UGUAUCAUUUUUAAGAAUAGGUCCACAUGUCUGCAAACUUGGAGCAACGCGCGCCACAGUAGACGCAAUCUAUAUCGUGCUGCGCUUCAUUGCCUCACGUGUGCUCCACCUCGUCAUGUAGCGCAAAUUGCACUCUCCAAGCUUGAGCGAGUGAAUGGGAAAUCGCUACCCCAUGCCUAAAUGAUGUAGGACUGGAAGAGGAGGAUGCUUAUCUUAAUUUGAGAAAAUCAACCCAGUUUAUAUAAGGGUUCACCCUGAUUUAGCCCGGCAACACUAGACAGAAGACGACAAAAGGAGCAUAUCAAGUCUACAGAGAAAGCGAGGCAAGGAAAAUAUGGACAUAACGGACCAAGGAGCACAAAUGGAGCCGCUACUACCCUUGGAACCAGGCCCCCAGAGCCCUCAGAUACCUCAAGGAGACAAGAAUGUGAGGACUGAUGAGGAGGCAGUCCUGGACAGAGGGGGCACUCGCUCCAUGCUCAACACCAACUUUGAGAAGGAGGAGCUGGAAGGCCACCGGACCCUUUACAUCGGGGUCCACGUUCCCCUGGGGAGGAAGUCCCACCGACGUCACCGUCACCAUGGCGGCCACAACAAAAACAGCAGGAAGAGAUCCAAAGAGAGGGAAUCUGGGGUGGACGGCGAUGGCAGAGAAUCACCCUCCCACACAGACACUCCUGCCCAGAGGGUGCAGUUCCUUCUGGGGACAGAGGAUGGUGAUGAGGAGCACAUACCUCAUGCCCUCUUCACUGAGCUGGAUGAGAUCUGCCUGAGAGAGGGCGAGGAUGCAGAGUGGAAGGAGACCGCCAGGUGGCUGAAGUUUGAGGAGGACGUGGAGGAUGGAGGCGAGCGUUGGAGCAAGCCCUACGUGGCCACCCUGUCUCUUCAUAGCCUGUUUGAGCUGAGGAGCUGCAUCCUCAACGGCACCGUGCUGCUGGACAUGAGGGCCAACUCACUGGAGGAGAUCGCCGAUAUGGUCCUGGACCAGCAUGAGGUGUCGGCCGGGGUGGGGGAGGACGUGAGGAGGAGGAUACGUGAGGCGCUCCUGAAGCAGCACCACCACCAGAACCACAAGAAGCUGGCCAACCGCAUCCCCAUCGUACGCUCCUUCGCCGAUAUUGGCAAAAAGCAUUCCGAGCCCCACUCCAUGGACAAGAACGGUCAGACUGUCUCUCCCCAGUCCCAGCCAGCCACCACAGAGGGCAAGGAACAUGUCAGCCGGGAGAACAGCCAUGUGGACUUCAGCAAGAUUGACCUCCACUUCAUGAAGAAGAUUCCACCCGGUGCAGAGGCAUCCAAUGUCCUGGUGGGGGAGCUAGAGUUCUUGGAGCAGCCCGUGGUGGCCUUUGUCCGUCUGUGUCCCGCCGUGCUGCUCAACGGCCUAGCUGAGGUCCCCAUCACCACCAGGUUCCUGUUCAUUCUGCUGGGGCCUCUGGGAAAAGGACCACAGUACCAUGAGAUUGGACGAUCCAUCGCAACUCUGAUGACAGACGAGGUGUUCCAUGAUGUGGCGUAUAAAGCCAAGGACAGGAACGACCUGGUGGCCGGCAUCGAUGAGUUCCUGGACCAGGUGACUGUGUUGCCACCUGGGGAGUGGGACCCCUCCAUCAGGAUAGAGCCGCCCAAAAACGUGCCCUCUCAGGAAAAGCGCAAGGUCCCUCCUCUACCCAACGGAGAUCUGGGAGAAGCAGAGGAACCUGGUGGCCAUGGAGGCCCAGAGCUACAGCGCACAGGAAGGUUCUUUGGAGGGUUCUUCAUGGACAUCAAGCGCAAGGCGCCCCACUACCUGUCUGACUACACGGACGCUUUGAGCCUGCAGUGUCUGGCCUCCUUCCUUUUCCUCUACUGUGCCUGCAUGUCUCCUGUCAUCACCUUCGGCGGACUGCUGGGGGAAGCCACCGAGGGACGCAUAAGUGCAAUUGAGUCCCUGUUCGGAGCCUCCAUGACGGGGAUAGCCUACUCCCUGUUCGCUGGGCAGCCUCUCACCAUCCUAGGCAGCACAGGCCCUGUUCUAGUGUUUGAGAAGAUUCUCUUCAAAUUCUGCAAGGACUAUGACCUGUCCUACCUCUCCCUGAGGGCCUGUAUCGGCCUGUGGACGGCGUUCCUCUGCCUGGUCCUGGUGGCUACAGACGCUAGCUCCCUGGUCUGUUACAUCACCCGCUUCACAGAGGAGGCCUUCGCCUCGCUCAUCUGCAUCAUCUUCAUCUACGAGGCCCUGGAGAAACUCAUCCACCUGGGGGAACACUACCCCAUCAACAUGAACAACAACCUGCAGAAACUCACCCAGUACUCGUGUGCGUGUGUGGAGCCAAAGGAUCCCAGCAACUCCACUCUGAGGUACUGGGAGGACAGGAACAUCACUGCAUCAGAGGUCAACUGGACCAGCAUGGAGGUCAAGGAGUGCUUUGUGUUCCGGGGGGAGUUUGAGGGCAGCGCCUGUGGCCCCCACGGACCCUACAUUCCUGACGUCCUCUUCUGGUCCGUGGUCCUCUUCUUCUCCACUGUCUUCAUGUCCGCUUUCCUCAAGGAGUUCAAGACCAGCCGCUACUUCCCCACCAAGGUGAGGGCCCAGAUCAGUGACUUUGCUGUUUUCAUCACCAUCCUCACCAUGGUCUUAGUGGACUACGCCCUAGGAAUCCCCUCACCCAAACUGCAGGUCCCCGACAAGUUCAAGCCAACCAGAGACGACCGUGGUUGGAUCGUGAACCCAAUAGGACGCAACCCGUGGUGGACCACCAUAAUCGCGGUCCUCCCUGCGCUGCUCUGCACCAUCCUCAUCUUCAUGGACCAACAGAUCACGGCUGUUAUCAUCAACAGGAAGGAGCACAAACUGAAGAAGGGCUGUGGCUACCACCUGGACCUGUUUGUGGUGGGGGUGAUGCUGGGAGUGUGUUCUGUGAUGGGCCUGCCCUGGUUCGUGGCGGCCACCGUGCUCUCCAUCUCCCACGUCAACAGCCUGAAGCUGGAGUCAGAGUGCUCGGCCCCCGGGGAACAGCCCAAGUUCCUGGGGAUCAGAGAGCAGCGCUUCACCGGCCUCAUGAUCUUCCUACUCAUGGGCUGCUCCGUCUUCAUGACCUCUGUCCUCAAGUUUAUCCCCAUGCCUGUACUGUAUGGAGUGUUCUUGUACAUGGGAGCGUCCUCACUGAGAGGAAUCCAGUUCUUUGACCGUCUCAAGCUGUUUGGCAUGCCGGCCAAGCACCAGCCAGACUUCAUCUACCUGAGACACGUUCCCCUCAGGAAGGUCCACCUCUUCACCAUCAUCCAGCUCAGCUGCCUGGUCCUGCUGUGGGUCAUCAAGACCUCAAAUUAUGCCAUCGUCUUCCCCAUGAUGGUGUUGGCUCUGGUGUUCAUCCGUAAGCUUCUGGACUUCAUGUUCACCAAGAAGGAGCUGAGCUGGCUGGACGACCUGAUGCCUGAGUGGAAGAAGAAGAAACUAGAGGAAGGAGAAGAAGAGGAGGAGCCCAGUAUUAUAGUGGAGGAGGAGGAGGGGAUAGUGAAUUUGCCACUGGAAGGAAAUUACAAGAGCGAUCCCGCGACGGUGAACAUUUCCGACGAGAUGUCCAAAGGCUCCUUCGGGAACGUGUGGAAUAGUAUUAGUCCCAGUGACAGCGCCAAGAAGGAGCCAAGCUCCAAAAGGUUUGGAAUGUCCACCAAUCAAUCACCAAAAAUGCCAUUUAAUCUAUUUAUUGGACCUGUAUAUUAGCCGUAAGCCAUUUACCUGUCCAAUCAACUACUUUCCUGUUUUCUAUUGUUCAUGGUGUGAAUACUGUAAAAGAUAUUUCAUGUGGAUAUUAAUGUACACAUCAAAAGGUGGAUUUUGUCCCGCCCUUCACAGUAGAGAUAUAGAUGGUCAUUAACCUCUAUCCUUUCUCAUUCCAUUCCCAUCAUAAGCUCCCCUUCCUAACCUCUCAGAAGCUCAUUAUCCCAAAGGCAAGUGGCUCCCAAUCCUCAGUGGCAUGGUGUUACGUAUCUUGUCCCUCCGUUGCAGUUUUCUAGAACCAACGUGCAGUUUAUCAUUGUAUGAUGUGGAGGUGACAAUAUGAACGUGAUGGUCUUUUGUCGUGCACGCGUGCCGUAGUUUGAGUGUGGGACUUCAGUCUUAAGUACCCUGGAGCGACCUGUUAUCUCUUGACCCAUAAAGAUCCAAAGUUUUUAUUUAAACAACUCAAACCUGGCACUCAGUUGUAAACAAAUGUCCCACGGUGUCUCUCUUUGUUUUGAAUGUUUCAUGCUCACUGGUUUGGGGAAUGUGAAUGCAUGCGUAUGGUGGAGGCACGCACUGCACGCACACGCACACACACACACACGCAGCAUGCUCUGGUGUGGUUUGCCUCUGGACAACUGCAUGUUUAGGGUGGUUAUGCAUCAUGGUAAUAUCACCCCAAGUCAAUGGAUUGCGUGACACUUCUGCCAUGCAGGGUUCCAAUACAUAAUGCCGUUCAGUGGUAUAUGUCGUGUCUCCUCUAAUGCUGUUUGUGACACGUAGCCUUUUGUUUUUCAGCGGUUGCGAGAGAGGACAUAAGAGGAAGGACUCAAAGUUGGACAGGGAGACGAGUUUGUGAUCCAUACCGGCUUCGUCACCGCUCUGCGCAAAAUAACUCAUCUGACGUGCCACACUCAACCACCUCUGAACUGUGCUGCACCAUGCGUUCUCGUCAUGUAAGACUGUGUGUGUGUGUGUGCAACUCACGUAAAUCUUUUAGAAACAGUGUUACCCUAUGGAGGAACCAACAAACAUUAACUGUGAUUAUUUUCUAUGUAUGUCAAUGUAUGGUGAUACCAGCAACAGAGGAAGCAAGGAAUUCAUAUUAUUAUGUGUAUCUACCCGUGGGCCAAUUUAUUACAUAUGUAGGAUCUUAAUUUGAGAAAGUUUUGUACAGUAGGGAAAUAAUCCUGAAGUAACAUGAAAUGUGUGGAUUAUAAUUAAUGGACAUUUUUGUAAGGGCUGAACAUAUUUUCAUAAGGUAAAAUCAAGUCUGAAAUUUUUUGGUGAAAAUGACAAAACUUCAGAAGCCUUUUUAAACCGUAAAUACACUACAUGUUUUACAAGUAUUUCUGCAACAGGGUGACCAAAUUAAGAUCCUACAUCUGUGUCAACCAAAUGGUUUUUAAAGAAACUUUACUUUAACGGAAUUGUUUGUAUUUUGUAUGUUUUUUUUCUAUUUUUUCAACAUAGUAAUCCUUUAAAAAAAAUCUAUUACAAUAUACAAUGAAAAUCUUGUUCAUGGAAUAAGCAAUGUGUGUUUUGUUUUGUAAUUUGACAUCACUAUCGGGUCUGUGCACUUAACGAUACGAAAACAGUAUACUGUAUAUGUAUCAAAUUAAAGUGUUAAAUGUACAAUUUUUUUUCAUGAAAGCUCAUUUGUAAAAUUUUCGCUGACAUUUUCCUGAAGAUUUGUUAAUAGUAUUUUUUUCUCCAUUACAGUGUGGAGGCAGGUCAGUGUUAUAUUUCAGGCAUUGGGGACCAUUACAUUCCAGUUAGCAUGGCAGCAUAGCCCUGCCAUUCUAUACCUAUUGGGAAUGUGAUUCCUAUAGGGUUUUAACCAUAGACUUACAAAGAACAUCUUGUAGUAAUUUAUAGGAUCUCUGGUUUUAACGAUCAAAUUGUCUCUGAAUGUCUUUCGAUGACCGUGUAGAGAUACAGAGCCUUCAGAAAGUAUUCACACCGCUUGACUUUCACCACAUUCUGUUGUUACAGCCUGAAUUCAAAAUGAAUAAAAUUGAUUUUCUUUGUCACUGGCCAACACACAAUAUACCCCAUAAUGUCAAAGUGGAAUUAUGUUUUUUUGAAAUUAACAAAUGAAUUCAAAUGAAAAUUUCAAAUGUAUUGACUCAGGGAGUCGAAUACUUAUCUAAUAAAGAUAUAUUCCUGUUUUUUUUCCUUCAUUUUUACAGAUGUUAGAAUUUUAUUCCAAUUUGACAGAGUAUUUUGUGUAGCUCUUUGACAAUUUUUUGUUUUACAAUUAAAUCAAUUUUAAUCCCACUUUGUAACACAAAAUGUGGAAAAAGUCAAGGGGUGUGAAUACUCUCUGAAGGCACAGUACGUGUACAUGUGUGUUCCACGGGCAUACAAAUGUGUUUUACCGGCAUACUGUUCCAGUCACCCUGUCGGUACGUUAUGUGAUAUCUUCUCCUGCAUUCCAGUUUGUUUGACACCUACAACGUGAUGUUGUGUUCUGAUUCUGAACUACCAGUAACUGUAUUUAAACACCUGCACAAAGGUGAAUCAAACUUAACGGUGUCUUUCUACAGGCUGUUGUGGUUCAUUGAUAGAAAUGCAAUAAUAGCUUUGUGAAAAAAAGGGCAAAAUGUAAUAAAGUGAAGACUCUUAACGAUGUACUAUACAUAGUAUAUUUUAUUCAUGUUUAAAAUGUUACUAAUAUGUUACUAAUAACGUUGAAUUGGGGUAACCGAAAACGUUUGGUUUUUAUGUUGUCGACGUCUCUCCCAUUGUAUUGUGUUGUGAUGGACUUUACUUAUUAAAGAAAUAAUAAUGGGUCAAUAUAACAUUUUGGCCACUUGUAGAAAUCUGCCUUAAAAUGUAGUAUUGAUGGCUGAGAAGACAAGUUUAUGUUUCAGAAUUUAUCGACUCAUCUGUGUAAAAUGAUCAAUUCAGAUAUUUGUUGUUCUAUUAUAAAUGUGAUUUGUUAUACGAGAGAAAGAGAAAUGUACGAAACAAUAAAGUGACUCAAGCAUC